CUUGGAUCCUUGUGUUCUCCGCCACCUAGAAACCUCGCGUGUCUCAUGCGUAUGGUCCAUAUGCGAGGAAAGCUCAUGAGAGUGGGCUUGGAGAAUGUUAUAGGAACUUGAAAGCUACUAAGGAUGUCACAACAUGCAUGCAACGUCAGCAGCUAUAAAAUCAAAGAUUGUUGCAGAAAACGAACCUGUCACGCAUCGUGUCACGGGCGCUUAUACUGCAAGGAGCCUGCCCCGCCCGCCGGAGGACUAUCGCGGCACUCGAAAUGUGUAUCACAAAGGUGUAGAGUCCAGUACGUCUACAAACCCUCCGCAAGACGUCUGCCUACCCCCCCGCAGGACAUCUGCUACCCCUCCUCAUGUCCACAUCAUCAGACAAGCGCGCGCACACAGGUCAAAGCCCGCGAAUCGCACCCUCUUUCCCAGCGGACAUCCGACAUAGCCAUGUUUCUCGGUACCGCCCAAGCCAGAUCUGACUCGCUACGCCUGCCAGAAGCCUCGUUGCACCUGCCGGGGUCCUCGUCACACCUGCCGGAUGGUCCUUGCACCUACUGGACCCUCGUGGUACCUGCC